AUGAUUAAACAACAGCAACCACAUCAACUUAAGGCGCAAAGCGCCCAGGUCCUUCAGACCAUUACAUACGCCAUAUAUGCAUAUAAUUCAAAGACGGCAGAACAAACGCAAAGGUUGAAAUAUGGAGAUUUGGAGAUAGUAUUGAAAAAUGACCGUUUCGAAUUCGUUUGCAAAGGUGGUGCAGUGAUAUCAAAUAUAAAAGAAAUUUUAUUUAUGAAUUCAAAAAUUAAAGGAAUAACGGAUGAUAUAACAUCAAUUCCACCAGAAGAACAAAGAUAUUACGCAUUAAAUGCAUUUCCUAAAGUUUUGAAGAUUGGAAGAUUUAAUUUAAAUGAGGAAUUCAUAGAAGGUUUCCUAAAUGGCAUAAUGAAGAAGGCAGAUAAGGAAUAUGUGGAUAGUGAAUUAGAGAAGAAGGCAGAUAAGGAAUAUGUGGAUAGUGAAUUAAUGAAGAAGGCAGAUAAGGAACGUGUGGUUAGUGAAUUAGAGAAGAAGGCAAAUUUGGUUUAUGUUGAUGAAAAAGAUAAUGAAAUUAAAGAAAGGGUUGAAUGGUAUCAUGAAUGGACAUCGAAGAUUUUAAAAGCUAAAGCUGAUACAGGAUGGGUUUCAGGAUGUUUAGACCUUAAAGCAGAUAAAACUUAUGUUAAUGAAAAUUAUGCAAAGAAGACGGAAGUAAAUGAUGUGAUUACAAGCAUGAAAAAUGAAAUACUUCAAACAUUAUAUCCUGUUGGUUCUAUUUAUACGUCAAUGAAUUCAACAAAUCCUGAAACAGUUUUAGGUUUUGGUACGUGGAAGCAGAUUGUAAAUAAAUUCUUAUACUGUGCUAGAUAUUCAAAGCAAGCAGGAGGUUCGAAGAAAAUUAAAGAAGCAAACCUUCCACCGCACACUCAUACAGGAACUACAAACUUUUCUGGCGACCAUAGCCACUCAUUAAGAGACCACCCAUUAUACAACUCAGACUAUGAAGUUGGUUAUGAUGUUUUAUCUCCAGCUUAUAACAAUUCAACAAAAAAGGUUUUUCGAAAAACUGAACCAGGAGGAAAUCAUUCACACACUUUCACAACAAAUCCAACAGGCUUGGGUAAAGAUUAUAUGCCACCAUUUGUGACUAUGUUCGCAUGGUACCGCGUUUAUUGA